UGGGGAGAUGUUUCUGUCAGGACAUCGCUGAAACACAGCCUGGGAUCAGACCUUGCUCAUGGUCCCGGAGAUGUGUCCCACCCUCGGGGGAGGCUCCUGCCAUGGUGACCAGCACUGAAGGGGAUCCAGAAAGGACUUCUCUGAUACCCAGAACAAAGGUCUCCUGACGGGUCUGCUGGCGCCACUACUUGGAAACGAGGUACCCAGGGUGGCUCCUCUCAAGUCUCUUCCUGCUGCACCGGGAAGCGCCUGAGCCCCACUCACAACCCCAGGCCGCCCUGCAGGAAGCUGGCCAUGAUGACAGAAGGCAUGCAGCUCUGGCACGGCUUAGUGAUCGCAUUCGUGUCCCUGGUCCUACAGGCCUGCCUGCUCGCAGCCAUCUACUACCUGCUCAGCAGACACAUGGCCAAAGAGAACGAACAGUUACUCAGAAGAUCCAGGCUCUGGGCCCCCAGGCCCAGCCCUGCUCACCACGGCUCACCUGCUGCACAGGAGACGAAGGAGACCGGGGCAGAGAGAAGCACCCCUGCGCGGGAGUCCCGUUACAGGAAUAACUGCCACACAUCCUCAGAGAGCUCCGACACCUCGGACAGCGCCGGCCACUCGCCUCCCACCGGCCAGGCCACCAGGAAUGUGAAUUACACCCAAGUGGUCUUUCCAGCCACAGGAAGACUAGAGAACACAUCCGCCCUGGACUAUGAGGACAUCGAGGACAUGACAGAUUAUGUCAAUGUCGACCCAAAAAGCCACAAGCACAAUUUCUGGACUUUUGUGAACCCUGCUGCCUCCGAGCCUGUGGAAUACUCUCAAGUGGCCAUGUGAAUUCCAGGGUCUGCUUUUUUAAAUGGGGUCAAGUUCUCUACAAAUUCUCGUACUUAUUUUGUAGGGAAUGACUUUCUGUUUUUUUUUUGUGUGUGUGCGUUUUAACAAGGCUUGGGAGGAAAAAAUAGGCUGUAUCUCAGCAAGAAAGGCUCAUAUGGGAAGUUAGGAUGAGCUUCCAGGUUGAGUCUGAGCUCACUGAAGCAGAUCAGUAGGGAAAGUGGGGAAGUCUCAAUCAGAAAAUUGUUUUAAAAGAUUUUAAUCAGCUAUAGUAGAGUCCCGUUUGGCAGUCUUACGAUUGAAUUAACCUCUGAGCUAUUUAAUUAUUGGCAGUGAACAACUUCUUUAAAAGUUUUAAAUAAAACGGCAACCGCCAGUUCCUCUUUUCCUCUUGCCCAGCCCAGCGUGUGUCCCUUUCUCAGAGCUGUGCCUGCUGAGUGAUCCUGCUUUGCCCUCGGAACUUUAGAUAGUCCACUUAGAAGGCCCACUAUCGCUCAACCUUUGAACUCACUGUUUCUUAUGAAUGAGAGAUGAGAAAUACCACCUGAUAAACGCCAACCAGUAUCACAAUCUGUAACU